UUGUGAGAAAAUUAGCGAAUAAUCAAUGACGAUUUCUGUUAAUCAUUUAUAAACCUUGAAAUAUUAUUUUUAUCAAAUUAAUCGGUAAUUAUUUCAAAUUAUAUAGGUAAAAUUUUUAGCUUUACAAUUCAUUGUUCCCGAUCAGAUCUUUUUCUUUCAUACAUGACAAAAAUUAAUGAUUUUAUUCGAUUUAACAAAAUAUAAAUUACUUGGUAAUCAAUCACUGAUUAAUUGGCAAUUCAGUCAAACAAAAUUAUUUAAUUGAAGUUUCUAAUUGUGUGAAUUUGUUACUUCAAAUCUCAUCUUUCUUUUUACAAAAAAGUAAUUCUAUCGGUGAAUAGUAAUAUAUAUAGAUAAUUUAAAUUUAAAUUUCGAUUAAUCGAAAUCGGAGUUUAAAUCCAAGUUGUGCUAAAUGGAUCCAUCACUCCAUAGAAGAUGUUUCUGUAACAACUGCAGGUAAAUACUGAUAAUAUUUACCUUAUUAAAAUCUCAUUUUAAUAAGAGUAUAAUAACAUUAUACAUAUAUAUUACAAUUUAAUCACAUUUAUUUGAGCACGCGCGUGCGUGUUUGCACACUCGAUAAAAUUAUAAUGUCUUUUUUUCUAGUAAAUUGAACACACAAAAUUAUUUUACAAGAAACAAAAAUAUAUGCAUCUCGUAUUACGUGCACACAUGUGAGGGAAGAAAAUGUAGAGACUAUGCAAGUGUGCGCGAACGCACACGGAACCGCUGCUGUAUUCGUGCACACGCACACGGAUCAUCAGAGGAGAUCAAUAUCGGUAUGGCGCGGGAGGAGCGGCUUUGCACGGUGCGACCGUCCACGUCCGUAGUCAACGGUUAACGGAGAGAGAGAAGAGGAAAAAUGGCACGCGACGUUUCUUGCCGGUCGACGACACGGCCAAGGCGGAUCUCCAUAAGUCGUACCACCGGAUCACAGCCGAGGAUCGCCCGAGAUCGCACCCCAUUUUCACGUUGACGGAACAAGCGUUAACAAUUCGGGGAGAACAAGAUAGCAGCGGGGGGGACCUCGACAGCGAGGCAGGACUGGUUGACAGACCACGCACCGCGCCGAGACGACGAUUAAUAAUCCUCAUCAUGGCGAAGUAUGUCCCGCGCGCGUAAUCACAUUGUCUUAUCUAAUUAGAGCACGCACAACCGCACGUUGCACGCACGCACGUACACACGCUCUCUCUGUUUACUAUUUCCCCGCAUUCUUCGCGAACGUUGGCGCGCAACUGCGCAACGAUGACGUCGCUUCCUCGAGGCACGUGAAGGAAAACGCGAAAUAUUUCCUUCGAGCUCUCGGAUUUUCCAAAAAUUGUCCUUCGAAAAUUUCUCUAAAUUUAGACCCGUUAGAGCAACAGCUCGAAUCGCUGCUUCAAUGCUCCGCAAGCACUGACCACGAAUUACGAGAAUCGACAUAUGCGACUUGCAAUUUAAUCUUAUCUCCCCCCGGCCGAUGCCAUAUCGGUUAUUAUUGGGCUUAAUCGGCGAUUAUUCAUUUGCCAGUGAUUCACUCAGUCAUGCGUUAAAACUAAAACACUUCACACUUCUCCUACAUUGUCAUCAGUAUAAUUUUCUACAAUGAAAUACUUCAGAAUAUCUUUGCGAUCGUUGCCGGUGUACUUCGACAGAUUAGACCUGGAGAGAUGAUGAUAGUAUUCAUUUACGACACUGCCAAGUGUUGUAAAGAGGAGGAUGACCCUGCCGAAGCAGUUCUAUAUUUUCAUCCAGCCUGGGUAUCUCUCACACAGAGACUGGCUCUGGCAGGACAGCUGAUGGGUGUGCAUCACUUCCUGACAACGUCGUUUUCACCGCCACGCUCUAUCACAUUGCAAGGUGGAAAGUUUGUGAUAAAAAAGUUUGGGCAGUAUGUACUGGCAGUGGGGACUGAUAGGAAUAUACAUGACUGGAUACUUGAGAGACGCGCCGACACUCUGGAAUCAUUAUUGAAAUUCUUUCACUGCGAUCUCAUCCAGAUACUGGAGUCUCUCAACAAUGAUCGCAAUAGAUUCACCGAGAAAUUGUAUCAGAUGUUUGAGACCUAUCUGCCAAUUCUUCAACAUAGUGCCAAUCUGUUUUCCAACAUUCCUGUUAUUAAACUUCCAAAGAGUGCCAGCAACAUAUUCUUGGAAGGAAUACAAGUGUUGCAGCAUUGUCAAGAAAUAAAUGGCAUUUUGGGUGGAGCAUUAUUUUAUAAUAACAAGAUAGUCUCUACACAGCUGGGAGCAGAUCUAACGAAACAAAUAGUCAUAACUGAUCCUUACAGGAUAAAGGCUCCUGCGGAAAGGAUCUCGACAGAAUUUCAUUUGCCGAUCGGUGUUCAAUUGUUACAAGUGUACAUAGAGCGAAAGCAAUUUACAAAGUUAAUGCAAGAGGCGAAUAACGAGCGUUACUACAAUUCGUGUCUAGAUACUAUGACCAAGAAGAUACUACAGAGAAAGACCGUCUCCAAGUCUGGGGUCAAGGAACCGCUUAUUUCGUCCGGUAUGAAACGGGACACAUCGAAGAUUUUUACAGUUCCCGAGGAAGGCGAACUGGACUCCACGAAUUACGCGCCGGUAUCGCAAUACGUGUCGUCCGUGCCGCUCGCCAUCAGUCAUGAGUCACCGAUCAGACGCAAGCAAGAGAUUAAGUCGGAACGUCCCAAAGGCAGUGCUAUUACCAAUCCACUUACGCCCAGUGUUUGCGCGACUCCAUUAAAAGACGUCGACCGGGUGUUACUUGGGAAUGCUAUGCUCAUCUGCUCAUCUGAAAGCGGUGGUGAAAAUGAGGGACAUAGAAGCUCAUCGAAAAGCGAUGAUGAUGACAUUCCCGACGUUGUCAAAGAAGCGCUCAGAUGCAAACGCCUGAACAAGCUGAGAAACGCUACGUCGAAGAAGAAAUUGAUGAAAAAGAAGGAUCCUGAUAGGAAAAGCGUGAGCCUGCCAGACUUGACGUCAUCAAUUAAGCCACGCUUGAAUGGUAUUCCUAGGACUCAUCAGCCAGAAUUGGACAAAAUAUUGUGCAAAUUAAAUGAAGCCUCACCGGACGAUCGCAAUCCGAAUUCACCCCGACGGAAGAUGACCAAAGGUAGUGUGCGACACUCGCGCACUAUCGUCGAUCCUUGUUAUCCCGUUUUUCGAUACGACGGUCUACCGGUUUCGCAAUCAUUGUAUGAGCAAUACGUCGCCUCGCAUUGCGAGGAGUUGCGUGAUAACAGCGACGGCAUUCACGAGCAUCGUGACGAUGAGAACAAUCUGCAAUCGAAGAGUCUGCCGAGUGACCUGAUGAACGUGAAACUAUCGAUAAACAAUAGCCAGAACUCGGUUACGAAGAAUGGUCGUGAAGAGUGCUCCAAGCCUGGGUACGACAAAAGCAAGCAAGAAACGUACAAGAGAUCAAUGAGUCUGCCGCUGAAGCCGCUCAACGUCGUCGCUGAGGUGUCUGACGGCGACGAUCGGCGGAAAUCGACGUCGGAGUGUGGUGGUGGAAGCACGUUCGAAUUUCCGCAGAGGAGAAAGUUGGACGGUUUACAGUUGACACCGUUGAUGUCGAAGCUCAGUCUACUUGCCGAUGAACGAACUAGUGGGUUUUGCAGUCGCGAGACUACGCCAAGCGAAUUUCGCGAUUUGUCUGGUUUUUCUGGUGGCGCAACAGUUGCUGCCGCAACGACAACGACGAAUCAACUGAUCAGGCAGAAACUGGAAUUUGUCGAGAAGGAGGCGAGCGAUGGUGAGGAUGAGCUGGACGAAGACUGGAUCAACAAGGAUGAUCCUUCUGCCUGUCUUGUGAAAACCGAGCUCUUUCUCUGUGGCUAUCAGAAUAUGGUGUUGGUGUUGCUGAUGGAGAACGGCACCGCAAACAAUCCGGAUUUGAUACAUGCUCUGUGGCAUACUUGCGUAAGCACGUUAGGUAAACUCGAAUCGCGACUACAACAAUGUCUGGAACCGUUGCCAUCCACGGAGAACAAGGAGUUGUACAGUAUUCUGAAUGUAGAUCCGCAGUGGGACACGGUGCAGCGUUCUGGGCUGUGGGGCGUUACCGAAUUAGACAUCGUGUCCUGCCUUCAUGACAGAUUUACGCAAGCCAGCAAUUUGACAGACAUUAUCGUCAGAACGGAGGACACGGUAGUUUAUGGUAACCAGAGCGGAGGAGUCGAAGUUUUUUAUCAGCAAGCUGUGGCACCGAGUACUUUUGCAGCGCUUCCAACCCCGGCGGAUCUGAUGGGAAUCGUGGCUCUCAAGGCGAAACGUCGAUUAGAAAGAGAUCACGGAAUAGUGUUAUUAUAAAUUUGGGAUCGCGCGUUACUUCUUUUUCUUUUUUAUCAGAAAAAAGAGAGGAGGAUAAUGCAUAUGUUCACGAUUUCGCUUAUUUACUCUCGACAAGAGAAGUUAUCAUAUCCAGAAUAAGAGAGAAGAAUCGAAUUAAUUUUGACGAAAUAAUUUUAACAACAUGAAAUAUAUGUUUUUCUACGUGUAUUUUUGUAAUCUGUGAUUUUCCGAUAUACCGAGUAUAAUUCCGGAAGAUCGGCUACGAUCAAAGAGCUUUUAUAUACCACUGCAGUAUAGUUAUGUAUUUCCUCGCGUGUAAUACCGGUCGAAAAACAUUUUCUACGUUAGCGAAUCGACCAACCAGUUUGUACUUUACCGUUUCAUCAAUCGUGUAAAUCGAUAUCAUAGCAAAUGUUAUUUGUGUUAUAUAUGUGUAAUUGUAUAUAAGAUGUCUUAGAAUCAACGGAAAAUGAAUAGUAUUAUUAUUUUUAAAACUUGGAGAUAAUCUUUCCAAGUUUUAACUUAUUAAUAUAUCAUGGAGCAUAUCUCAUUAGAUUCCGAUUUAUAAAUCAUUAGAAAUGAAAAAUUCCCUUUUGGAAAUCAGGCUUCAAAAAUAAAGAUAAAUAAGUGUAACCAUUUUAUAACUUAAUUUUUAAGUUUUAUAUCAACCAAAUUUUUAUUUUGAUUGAUUAUAAUUUGCCGUCUAUAUCAAUUGCUAUAAAAAUAUAUUAUAAAAAUUAUUGUAAAAAUAAUUGUAUUAUCUAAAAGUUAAAAUGUAGAGUACUGAUAUCUGAAAAAAAUAGACACCAAAUUUUAUGAGAUACGACAGUGCAUCUUCAUUGAUUCUUAGACAUCCUGUAUAUAUAGUCAAUUUAUUGUAUAUACAUAUACGCAUAACGAGCCAUUAGUAACUUAUUUGUAUUUUAAUCGAGUCAACGCGAAUUAGACGUUGUUUUAUAGAGAAUAGUUAAAGAUAUAUAUUCUCCACGAGAAGAAAGACGGAGAUCAGUAUUUCGCUGCGUCCAGUACUUCUAGUCGCCCGAAUUGCUUUUGUAGAAAAAUAAUAGAAACGAUAAUAAUAUUACAAAGAUCGAUUGCUCGACAUUGUCAAUUUUAAUGUAAAGAUAUUUUAUGCGACGUUUUAUGCGCUACUUUUUGCCAUGUUAUCGUUGUCUCUAUAUUAAAUCCGUUUUUUAUCUCGUAAUAUUUAAAUAAAAAUGUCGAUAAUCUCGUGUUGAAAUCUUCCGUGAGACAGGUUUUUUGACAACGUGAUACGUGAUUGCAAUAUUUCCAAAUAUUUAUAUGAUUUAUAUGAUUAAUUUAAACGUUUAUGCUUAUACAUAUUGCAUUGAUUUUUUGGCGAACAGAGAGUUGAAUCAUAUUAUAUUAUGCAUUGCGUGCAUUCUCCGCUGACUUUUUCUCUAUAUUUGAUAGGUUUUGCGUUUUAUUUAAGAUUGAAGUCUAAUAAUAAAUGAUUUAUCAUUCUUUACAUGUUUCCUUGAUCUUAUCUUUAAACUUGUCCUGUACACAGUAAUGUUAUUAAAAUUAUUAAAAUAA